AUGGAACGCUCCUGUCUCCAGUGCCAUCAGCGCAAAGUACGCUGCUCCAAGACUCUCCCAUGUGCUGCCUGUUCUCGUCUCGGUGUUUCCUGUCGUUAUCCCUCCGCCGACCGACCCCGACGAGUGCAAAAAGCCACCAUCACCGACCGCGUUGCCCAGUUGGAACGCAGUCUGGCCGUGCUGGCCAACAGUCCAUCGUCAUCCUCUCCCUCUGAUCCCAAGCGAGAUACCUCUUACCUGCCCGACCUGCCGCCCUCGCCCAGUCGGCGCCAAGAGCUGCUGGUCCCCGACGGUAUCUCCACCCGCUACAUCAACGAGACCUUUCUGUCGCGCAUCCUGAAGAAAGACAGUCGUCUGCAUCAGGUCAUCAGCACCCGCGACCAUGCGAAUGCCACCAAUUCCGUCCGGGAUUUCCGUCCCGAGGGUCUCCUAGCGCGGUCGCGACUACAUGGCAGCUCUGAAUCGGCGACGCUGGACCUCUCAAGCUGGCAGGCCACACAGCUGUGGCAGAUCUAUCGCGCCAAUGUCGAUCCGGUCGCCAAGAUCCUGCAUUUACCGACGGUUGAACCUCUGGUGUAUUGCACCAUGAACGAGGGCGGCACUGACGACAGUCGCGCGCUCCUAUUUGCCAUCUAUUUUGCCGCCGUCACCAGUCUGUCGGCCACCGACGCGGCCAAUCUCCUGGGUCGUGACAAGCGUUCGGCCCUGCUGGACUUUCAGGGACGGAUUGAAACCGCCCUGGUCGAUGCGGCGUGCUUCGAUCUGCCCUCCAUUCUGUCGCUGCAAGCGCUGGCGAUCUACAUCACAUGUCUGCGCGCCCACAGCACCAGUCGGUCCGGAUGGAUCAUUAACGGCGUGCUGAUCCGCUCGGCACUAUCAAUCGGACUGCAUCGUGACGGCUCGCAUUUCAACCUGUCACCGCUGGAGGCGGAGCUGCGUCGUCGUCUCUGGUGGCAGAUCCUGGUGCUGGACUACCGUGCGGCCGAAGACCACGGGAUAGCGGUGCAUGGACUGGGCAGUCGCGCCGACACGCAUCUUCCCGUACACGUUGACGACUGCGACCUCGGCGCCGACAUCCGGGUUCUCCCCUCGACGCGUGCCAAAUGGACCGAGAUGACUGGUUUCCUGCUGAUAGCGGAGAUCAGCAUCGCCUUCCAGCGACUAGCCGCCCAACCAAUUGAGACAGCACAGAGCCUACAGACAGUGCAGGAUCUCAACGUGUACGUAGAACAGACGUACCUACGACACUGCAACGUGCACAUCCCCAUCCAGAAAGCCUAUUGGCUGGCUUCGCGGUCCCUGCUGGCUAAAUUCGAGUUCUUCGUCCACCAGCAAGUUCUCCAUGCCGAUCAACCGCAGGAAUGCGUCUCCUCUACCGCGGAACAGACCCUCGUGGCCGCAUGCACCUGUCUGGAACUCAGCGCCCAGCUCGUCACCGAUGAUCUCCUGCGCGGCUUCCGCUGGCUCUUUGCCAGCUACAACCAGUUCCACUGUCUCACGUAUCUUGUCUGGCAACUAUGUGCACAGCCGUCCGGUCCCCAGGUCGCGCGUGCCUGGUCUAUUGUCGAUUGCGUCUUCGAUCUCACCGAGAACGAUCCGGGUCGGCCGGACCCGGGGCCCAUUUGGAACGUGUUGCGAUAUCUGCGCGAGAAGGCCCGUCAUCGGAGGGAGGGGUUGGCGUCUGAGUCGGAGACGGCAAAGCGAGUGGAGGGGGAGGUUGAGGAAGAGGGCUUGGAGUUGGUUCCGAAUUUGGAUGCGUCUUUGUCCGAGUGGGUAGAUUUUUCGGAGAAUUUGGGAUUAUUUCGAUUCGAUCUGUAA